ACUCCAGCCAUGGUGGGCAGGGCGCAGCCCGACCGCCGACAGUUCCCGCUGGUCCUACUGAGAUUGCUCUGCCUUCUCCCCACAGGGCUGCCGGUCCGCAGCGUGGAUUAUAACCGAGGCACCGACAACAUCACGGUGAGGCAGGGGGACACGGCCAUCCUCAGGUGUUUCAUAGAAGACAAAAGCUCCAAGGUAGCCUGGUUAAAUCGCUCAGGCAUCAUUUUUGCUGGUCAAGACAAGUGGUCCCUGGACCCCCGGGUAGAGCUUGAGAAACGCACUCCUCUGGAAUACAGCCUUCGAAUCCAGAAAGUAGAUAUCUAUGAUGAGGGAUCGUAUACAUGCUCAGUGCAAACGCUGCAUCAUCCCAAGACUUCCCAGGUUUAUUUGAUUGUUCAAGUUCCACCAAAGAUCUCCAAUAUCUCUUCAGAUAUCACUGUGAAUGAAGGCAGUAAUGUGACCCUGGUGUGUAUGGCAAAUGGACGCCCUGAACCUGUCAUCACCUGGAGACACCUCACCCCUACAGCUAGAGAAUUUGAAGGUGAUGAAGAGUUCUUGGAGAUCCUGGGAAUAACGCGAGAGCAAUCGGGCAAGUACGAGUGCAAAGCGGCAAAUGAAGUUGCCACAGCAGAUGUCAAACAAGUCCGAGUCACUGUGAAUUACCCUCCCACCAUUACGGAAUCCAAGAGCAAUGAAUCUGCUACAGGGCGACAAGUUUCACUCAAGUGUGCAGCCUCUGCUGUGCCUACGCCUGAUUUUGAGUGGUAUAGAGAUGACACCAGGAUAAAUAAUGCCAAUGGCCUGGAGAUCAGAAGCACAGGGAGCCAGUCCUACCUGACGGUGGCCAAUGUCACUGAGGAACAUUACGGCAACUACACUUGCGUGGCUACCAACAAACUGGGAAUCACAAAUGCUAGCCUAUUUCUUUACAAGAAAAUAUUGCCCACACUCCCCAAUCCUUUUUCAGGACCCGGUACAGGGAUUGCAGGCAGUGGAUCAAUGUGUCUGGCCGUACCACUGUGGCUGUUGGCGGCAUCCCUGCUCUGCCUCCUCAGCAAAUGUUAAUAACAUCCAAAUUUUAAUAAAGGGAAAAAAUUAAAAAACCCAGCAACAACAAGAACAACACACAAAGCAAAACAAACAAACAAAAAUGUGUCAUACAGGAGACAGAGCAAGAGAGAGAAGGGGGAAAGGACAGUUUCGUUCACAACUUUUGCGUGAGGCGCAACAAAAGGGGGAAAUUUGCAACAAAGAAGAACCAACAACAUUUAUUAUCACAAACUGUCAAGUCACCGAUCACCUAGGAGUACGGAAGGCCAGACGGAUCACUCUACAGACGCUGGAGCCUGCCAAGGAUGCUGAGAUGCUGUAAAAAGAAAUAUCAACAGUGAAAUCACUUUUCUUCUCCUCAUUC